CAACGAGCCGGUGCUGAGGAGGAUCGCGGUGGAUAAAUGCGCCCGCAGGGUGCGCCAGGCCCUGGCCAGCGUCAACUGGGACACCAAACUCAUCCAGUGGCUCCACACGACGCUGGUGGAGACGCUGAGCCUGCCUGUGCUGGCUGCCUACCUGGACGCGCUGCAGACGCUGAAAGGAAAGAUCCCUGCACUCAUCGACAGGAUGCUGCUCUCCUCCACGGCCAAGACGGGAGCAGCAGGUGCUGAGGCGCUGUCACUGCUGCUCAAGAGACCCUGGGACCCAGCAGUGGGUGUCCUGUCCCAUAAUAAACCUAGCAAACUGCCCGGAUCCCCCCUGAUCCUCAUCGCUUCCUCCGGCCCUGCCAACUCCAUGUUCCCCACGUCCCGGCGGCACCGCUUCUGGCAGUCCCAGCUCUCCUGCCUCGGGAAGGUGAUCCCCAUCGCCACGUCCCUGCUGAACAGCGGCAGCGGGGUGGGGGUGCUGCAGUGCCUGGAGCACAUGAUCGGCGCCGUCAGGGGCAAGGUGGCCGAGAUCCACAACCACUUCUCCCACAAGCAGAUCAUCCUGAUCGGGUGGAACACGGGUGCCUUGGUGGCCUGCCAUGUUUCUGUCAUGGAAUAUGUCACUGCGGUUGUGUGCCUUGGCUUCCCGCUGCUCACCGUGGACGGCCCCAGAGGGGAUGUGGAUGAUCCCCUCCUGGAGAUGAAGACCCCGGUGCUCUUUGUGAUCGGGCAGAACUCCCUGCAGUGCAACGUGGAGGCCAUGGAGGAUUUCCGGGAGAAGAUCCGGGCGGACAACAGCAUGGUGGUGGUGGGAGGGGCGGAUGACAACCUCAGGAUAAGCAAAGCCAAGAAGAAGUCAGAAGGCCUGACCCAGAGCAUGGUGGACAGGUGCAUCCAGGAUGAGAUUGCAGACUUCCUGACGGGGGUGCUGACACGGGCCGAGAGCCACUCGGGCUCCGAGCCCCGCGACCUGGACGCCGAGAAGAAGAAGAAGCCCCGAGACUGCAGCAGGAGGGAUCUGUCCUUCGAGCUGCCCGAGAGGAGCAGCAGGCCCGCCUCCCCUGCGGCCAAAGUGCCAGCCUCGCCCUCAGGCUCCGAGGACCUGUCCAGCGUGUCCAGCAGCCCCACGUCCAGCCCCAAGGCCAAGGUGGCCGCCCUGGCCCUGCCCAAACCCAGCCAGCUUGGCCCCACGCAGCUGCAGAGGAGGCAGGUGCCGAGGCCGGAGGCGGUGCUGACCCACAAGCAGGCACAAGCUCAGUUUGCUGCUUUUCUGAAACAAAACAUGCUGGUGAGGAAAGCUCUUCCUCCUGGCACCUCCUCAUGUCUCUUUGUUCCAGUGUCCUCAGAGCACUCGGAAGGGGCUGACAGAGAUGAUGUGCGAGCGCAGCUGAAGAGGCAGCAGAGCCCCAGCCCGACCUCGUGCACCAAAGCCUCCAAACGAGCCAAAAUCAAGGUGACCAUUGUCUCGCACGGAGAUGGCGCGGGCACGGGCCCCGGAGCAGCCCUCGGCACGCAGGCAGAAAUUGUCUCCGGGAAGCCGCUGCCCCUCGGCCAGGCCGUGCCCAGCGCCAAGGAGUUCUCGGGGCUGCUCUCCACGCCCAAGCUGAGCUCAGGCGCCGAGGCCUCGCUGAGCCCGGCUCCGCCCGGCGUCCCCAGCAGCUCUGCCCCCAGCGCCUUCCACGCCCUGCAGAGCCGGCUGGUGGCCAGCGGCAGCCACGGCCUGCCGGCCCAGCCCGGCCCUGCGCUGCCAGGGGCAGCCUCUGCCAGCAGCCUGCUCCAGGGGCUGAGCUUCAGCCUGCAGGACAUGGGCACCAAAUCCUCCAACCUCCCCGCCAGUGCCGCCACCGCCGCCUCACCUGUGCAGAGCUCGGCCGUGAAGGCGCCCGCCGCGCUGCAGAGCCUGGGCGCCCUCGGCACGGACGCCGGCGCCAUCGUCCGCACCAUCCCCGUGCCCGCCUCGCUGGCCCUGGGCGCGCCGGCCGCCGGGAAACCCACGGCCAUCCACCAGCUGCUGACCAACGGGGGGCUGGCCAAGCUGGCCAGCAGCCUCCCGGGGCUGGCCCAGAUCUCCAGCCAGGCCGCAGGCCUGAAGGCCCCGGCCACCAUCACGGUGACGCUGCGGGGCCAGCCCGGGCGCGUGGGCACCCUGAGCCAGGCGGCGCUGGCGACGCCGCAGCCGGAGGAGCAGCAGCAGCAGCAGGGCCCUCAGUGAGCGCCACGGAGCCCCUGUGCUGUGGGAGCCCGGGCCGGCAGCUCUUGGUGGGGCUGCGCCCUGGAGCGUUCCCGUGCCAGCUGGGCACCCCGAGGUGGCACCUGUCCUGCAAGGCUCCUCCAGGACGCUGCUCCUGACCGCGGGGACACCGCGGGGACACCCCAGGGACACCCCAGGGACACCCUGGCGACACCCCAGGGACACCCCAUGGCUGGCCAGCAGCAGCCACGCUGUCCUGGGGGCUCUGGGCACCCCCAGAAUUCCUGGGGCUGGGCACAGGAGGGUGGGGAAAGGGGGAAUGUUCUUCUGGGUUUGUUGUUGUUUAAUAAAAACUUCCAUUUUUUUUA